CCAAACCACACACAAAUACAUGCAUUUAGGUAUCUUUUUCUUAGUUUUUUUCUUUUCAAAUAUCUUUAAUCAUACCUAAUCUUCUUUAUUAUUCCCAACAUUUGAUUUGAUAUAUGUAUUUUCAAAAAGAUAUAAUAUGUUUUUCUUUUCGAUAAUUUUUCUAUUGAUCUUAAAUAUGAAUCAAAUUUCACUUGAGACAACAAUUUUGUAACGCAUCUAAUUUGCCUUAAAUAUCUUUUUUUCAGUUCACAUCAAAACAUUCGAGUAUGUAUUGUCAGCCUAUUGUUUUUUUGUUUUUUUUUUGCUUAAAAUGUGGCCUAUUGGUUAAUUUUAAACUCAAAAUUAAAAGAAUCUCUUUUUAGAGUAUUUUAAAAAGAAUUAGGAUCAAGACAUAAUCAUGAUGACAUGACCCACAAUUCCAAUUACACAUAAACUAGAACUCUUUUUUAUCAACGUUAACAGACAUCUCAUUCAAAAUUCUGUCUAUAAUGCGACUUAACAUUCAACAUGAAAAACACAAACAGAGCAGAAACAGAAACAGAAACAGAAAAAGAUAAGAAAAAACAGAACAAACAAACACAAAACCAAACAAGAGAAUCAAGAAUCUGCAGACCUUUGUGUUGCAGCAACAAACCGAGACUCAGCAUUUCGUCUUCUUCUUCUUCUUCUUCGGUGGAAUUAGACAGGCAUUCUAAUUUCUCAGACCAGCACUGUUCGCUCUCUAGCCUAACACACUACAUGGUUCAGGAGAAGCUAGAGCAGAUGAUCAGAGAGACACAAGAAGCCACACACCAAGAGAAGUUAAGAGAACAAAUGAUGAGGAGGAGGAGAAGAAGAAGCAAGAGUAGCAUCAGUAACACUAAGUUCAUAGUGAUGAUGGCAAUGGAGAAAUGUUCUUAUGAUCCAAGAGAGGAUUUCAGAGAGUCCAUGGUCGAGAUGAUUGUUGCAAACAAGAUCAGAGAAGCAGAUGAACUUAGAAGCCUCUUGGAGUACUAUCUAUCAAUGAAUCCUCGCGAAUAUCGGUCUGCCAUUCUCGAGAUCUUCUACGAGGUUUGUGCUGAUUUGUUCUUGUGUUCGUAACUAAAAGAGUACAAAGAUCACUUGUUUCUUUCAGUUGUUUGUGUAAGAAGAUACAUCGGUUUUGUAACGAACCGGUUUUCUAAGUAAUAAAUA